AAAAGUAGAAAACACACUUUGCCGAUAGUACUCGAGCAAUCCUCUUUUUUCACAAACAGAUAUUUCCAUCUAUUUCCCAAUUCUUUUCCCACAUCAAAUCCAUCACAAUGGGCAACGGCGCCAAAGCUCAGCAGAAGCGUGAACGCAACGCAAAGGACAAAGGAGUUGCCAAGUCUCAGCUCAAAGUCAACCAGCAGGCCAUGGACAUCCAGUGCCAGAUCUGCAAGUCGACAUUCCUGAAAACCACAAAGGCUCCUGCUCUUCUGGAACACGCCCAAAACAAGCACACCAAGGGCCUGGCCGACUGCUUCCCCACGUUCGCCGCAUCAUAAACGAGCGAUAGUUGAUUUAAAAUUCGGGGGGAAACUAGAAAGUUGUUGGAGCCGCUGACAUGGCGAAGGGAGUUUGGUCUGGGAGUAGAGCAUUAUAGCACGGGUAUUGAUUUCACAAAAAGAAAAGAAGAAGCACAAUGAGACACAUCAUAGCACAGGCUGAUAAGCAUGUGGCAUCCCUUAUUUAUGAAGCGCCUUCUUCCUUUCUGCGUAUUUAUCGGGUUGCAGGUUCUUACAUUCCCCAUCACCCAUCUCAGUCCGUUUCAAGGUUUAAACAAACGAGCCACGAAUUACAAACUACGAAUCACGAUUCACGAACCAGCCAGCAUCUGUAUCAAGCGAGGGUAGUAUUUCUUGCAUUUGCAGGCUCUAUAUAUCAGGCGUCGAUAGCCUCAAAGGAGUAUGUAUCAAACAACAUUCAUGAUAUUCCAUCUUCACAUGGAACCCUCUGAUGUAUUCAUCCUUGCGAAAUAAAAACAAGAAAACUCUGUAAAGAAAAGAGAAGAAAAAAAAUUGAGAAAAGAAAAGAAGGAAAUAUGCCAGGCAGUUUUAUUCCGGAUGGGAGAAAGGAGAUAGAGAAAGGAGAAAGAAGGGGAAGAUCAAAGGCGAAUUCCAAAUGCUUGAACCUCCUCGGCACACUGUUUGUGGGCCUCUGUUUUUCUUUUUUUGCAAACGUUCAGAUAAAGAUGUUGGAACCGCGGUGUGGUGUUUUGGGUAAUAAUAGAUAUGGUCGCUUCCCACACCAGCUUAUUUUUUAGACCCCCCACACCAUCCAUUGAGCUUUCCGGUGGUAUCAUACAAAAUUUGCAAGAAAUAAAUCGAGAGAUGAAGAGAGAAAGAAUCGACUAGUAUUAAAAAUGAAAUGCUGCACAUAGCAUCGUGUCUCUGAUUAUAACGGCGAGUGGUAUC